AUGGGAUGGGUGCGGUCAAGUCCGGAGAAGCGAGCCAGCGCCCUCAACGCCUGGGAAUUACUGCAGAAUCGAGACGCCCCCAACGUCGGGGAAACGCCAGGGAAUCGAAGCCACCUUCCUUGCCAAGGAAGCACCGUGGAAUCGGGGUCACCCUCCACAUUGUGGAAGCGCUGUGGAAGCGAGGCCGCCUUCCACGCCGAGACGCCGACGACACCGGCACGCCACUCCACAACUUCCCUGCCGGUUGCCGCACUAUCUUCAGGAACCUAUAACACUCCGUGGCAUUUCUUGUUGUUGACGAUGGUCGAGAGAGCCGCCAGUACUAGCUUGAGUUGGCAUUCUCUGAGGAUUGAAGAACAUGCAAGAACAAGGUUGUGCCUUGCACUGUGUGAAUCUGCCAAAGGUUGUCAGCCUGACACGAAGAACUAAAAAUAACUAUAGUUCAGCGGUUUGUGAUAAAAAAGUAUUUGAUGACCCUACAGGCCCUGCCAAAUCUUUGGAUCCCUGCUGCAAUUUAUCAGGCAUGUUUUUGGAUAAUUGAAUUUGACUAAGAAAGAAAGGUAUUGGGAGAAACAUACAAGAAAGAUUGGAAGUUGGUCUUGCUACACGUUUGGAUCCCAUCAUGUGUUGCAGCAGCAGCUAUAUGGAGACACUACGAGAGAGUUCAAAUUAAUGAACUAUGUGAGUUCAAAUUGUAUUCUAUAUGAAGACAUUACUGUACAAAAUCUUGCAGCAGCUAGAUUUCUCGGGGUAAAAAUCAUAUGUAUGUACUGAUAUUUUUGUAUCUAAUAUUAGGGAGCUUUAUAAUGUAUUCUGAUUGAAU